AUGCAAGCUCUACAGACCAUUACUUAUAAUAAGACAAAUAAAAGACGCAUGGGGUGGGCGUGGACACCGUGGGUACAGUCGGCUGGGGCAACAGUGACACUUCGCUGUGGCGAUAAACCGUUCCAUGAUGCGAAAGUAUGGUUGAUUGACGCGCAGGCUUUACCUGGUAGGAUGAUCAAUACGUUAGGUGGACCCGUCAAACCGGACAAAUUUGGAAAACUCAAAGUUGAAGGCCGUGCUAUAGAGGCAACUGAAAUCGAACCAAACCUCUUCAUCGAGCAUAUGUGCCUUGGGGUGCCAUGGAAUUUGUGCCUGGGCUUGCCACCAGAAUUUAUAAACUAUGGCCCUAAACCAAAGAAAUACUGGCAUAUCAAAGUGGAGCUCUCCGAUGAUGACUUCAUGUUCAUAUCAAGAUGCCGAUCUGACAUAUACCCGAAAUGACAUAUAA